CUCAUAAGCAUCAGGCAGGCGCCGUUUGAACGAUAUCAAAUCUCUGGGAACUUCUUCUCUUCAUUCAAAUUACCUAUUUCAAAAACCGAUUUGUACUAAAAGCUUUGAUUCUUUUCUUUUUUGACUUCUUCAGCGGCGACAUACUCUCUCCGAGUCGUUAUACCAAACUUCAUCUCACACAUAAGUCGGAAGAAAUCGACAGACUCUUGCAAUGAGUGACGACAAGAAGGCGGACCUUUUAGGGUUCGCAAAUGAGUAUGCGGACAAGAAUAUUGACCUCUAUGAGCUCCUCGGGGUGGAUGCUCUCACUCCCAAAGAAGACAUCCACCGAGCUUGGAGAAAGGCGUCUUUGAACUACCACCCGGACAAGGCGCGCGAGAACUUUGAUGCAGCAAAAUGGGAGCUAUUCGAGAGAGCGAGGGACAUUUUGUCCGAUCCAAAUGCUCGCGCGGCUUAUGAUCAGUCCCUCAAGGCCAAACUGCUGCGCAAGCAGGAGCGCGAGGCUAUGGACAGGGAACACCAAAAAUUUGCCGAUGAUCUUGAGGCCCGCGAAAAUGCUCAUAGACAGCAGAGACAGCAGCAGCAACAGCGAGAGCAGGAGAAGUUGGAUAAGGAGCGGAAGCGGCUGGCAGAGGAGCAGCGUCUCCACGAGGAAGAAAAGAAGCGACAGGCUGAUGCAGCACAGGAAAUGGAGGACCUGGCCGAGGCUAGGCGACGACUGAAGGAGAAGAAAGAGGAAAAGGCAAGGCGGAAACAGGUCAAGGAAUCGCUAAAGGCCACGGGUGCUGUCAAGAAAUCCUCAGGGCCUGCAAAUGGUGCCGUUCUGGUUCCUGGCGAUUAUCUUGUGGAUUUCGGCUCAGUAAAAAAGAUGUACUGGGAACUGGUUUGCGACAAGUUGCGAGCUGUUCAAGCGGUGAGAAACCUGCAGAAGCUGGACGUAACGAAUAGCGAGGAGCUCGAAAACGCCGAGAAGGAAAUGAGGGAAGCCAGACAACGAAUCUACGAUGCAGAGACGAAAUUUCAGCAAGACGCGACUGUCUAGUUAUUCCUACGCAGAGGAAAUGAGACAUCACAAACCCAUUUGGCUAUAUCA